CGCCUCUCUACUGUGGACGGCCGCCUCACGCCUCAGUCAGCCACACCCACAGCGCUGGACGGGACGCUGCCAUACUCCACACUAAGAAUUUGGCAGUUGCUCCUAGACCAUUAAUAUGUAGACCCAUUGGAAUGUUGUCCACUACAAUGGCAGGUACUGGACGAACAUAACCGCAUAAACGUACUAAUGGUUGCACCCCCUGGUAGACUUGAGUUCCAGUGUUGGUCCUUGAAGUUUAAGACAUCAUCAUGGAUCAAGACAAUAUUAAAACUCUAUCCGAAAAGCUUAUAAUUAGAUUGCUGCUAAGCAACAAGAUUUCUGAACUGAUGACUAUAAUGAGGCCAGAACACACAACCGAGGAAAUGUUUUCUUAUAUGUGGAGCCUGGAUGAAGCCCAUGUGACUCUAACGCCAGUUCUGCAGCCAUCAAGCAAGUCAAAAGAUGAGUCUUAUGUGCAUUGUAGACAGGGAGACAUUGCCUACCGCCUUCAUUAUCUAAUUCAGGCAUUAAACUCUUAUAAUUUGGCCAUAUUAUCUGCGCCACAUCCAGACACAACCACAGAUAGUCCUCAGAACUCUGGCAAAGACAAGUAUGAAGAAUUGGCCCAAGCUUAUGAGUCACGAUCUGUGGUGCUUUAUGACCUGAAGCAGUAUACAAAAUGCUUAGAUGACAUUGACCGGGCUCUGGAACUUGGCUGUGUACAGUCACGUAGAAAAUUAUUAGACAGGAAAAGUAUUUGUCUGAAAUUAAUAUCGGAGAGGAAAGACAAGACAUUCGAUGCUUCAGCUGAGUCUUUAAACCCCUUUGACCCAUGUUUUGCAUAUAUAAACCCGGAACCCCCUAAGUUAACUGACCAUAACCCAGCCAUACCGUCACUCAGCAGUGCUGUCAAGCUGGCCUACAAUCACUCCCAAAGGCGCCACCUGAUUGCUGAUAGAGACAUCAACCCAGGUGAGAUUGUGAGUGUUGAAGAUGGGUACUGCAGUUCACUUUUAACAGAAAAUUUACAAAUGUACUGUACUGUGUGCAUGAGAAGAUGCACUGCACCUUUACCCUGCCCCAACUGCAAAGUGGUGAUAUUCUGUAGCGAGGAGUGUCGGAAACAGAGAUUAUCAAGCAUCCAUUGGCAAGAAUGUCCUGUUGUGUUAACCCUGCGUCUACUGGACAUAAAUAAUCUUGCAUUAGCAUACAGAUUAAUGAUGAAGACCUCUCAUGCAAAGCUCAAGGAGAUGAUACCACUACUGCAAUGUGAGGCCAAAACUCAGCCUCCCAAGAAUUUGGGAUUCAAUAAAAAUAGAAUUUAUGAUGCAUCAGAUUACAGAUCAGUGUAUCAUCUGACAGCCAACAAGGAAAAGCUAUCUGUACACGAAAUAUUUGCCAGGUGCAUAGAAGCUUUUAUUGUAACCAAACUUCUGUUGCUGAGUGGUCGCUACUUCAUUAGUUGUGAUGGUGAGCCCUUCACUCCAAGUCACGAAGACAUCGUCCUGACAGGCAGCACACUCAUCCAUCAUAUGAUGGUCCUGAAGUGCAAUAGUUUUUGCAUUGCAAUUCCCAAGUUUAAUGUGAGUGGCAAUAUGGAACAUCAUAUGGAAGUAUGUGGCAAGGGAGUUUACCCUGCAUCAAGUCUUUGGAAUCACUCCUGCAAUCCAAAUUGUACUGAUUUUUAUUAUGGUAAAACUGUCGUUAUAAGAACAAUACAAUUCAUCCCUGCUGGCAAGUCAUUAACCAUCUCACUUGGAGUAGAUUUUGCUGAAGAUAGAAGAGAUUCCAGGAAGUUGACCCUGAUAACUAAUUUCUAUUUGACUUGUACCUGCGAAGCUUGUGAAAAUAACUGGCCAAUUAUGAUGGAUAUGCCACGAUUGAACAUUUUAAAGUGCACCAAAUGUAAUGAAGGAGAAGGUAUCAAUCCUUUCACAAAAAUUUGCCCUAAUUGCAAUCUGAAUUACGAUCAAGGAGGCACACACAGAAGAUCACCUAAUAACUACAGGCUCAUCUGCAAGAAACUAGAAAAGGUUCAGAAGGAUUUUUUCAUCGCCAAGAAAAACAUCUUGCUAGAAGGCAGUAACUCUGAAAAGGACAUAAAAGCAGUGCGUGCCUUAAUUAAACUUUUCUGCAAGUAUGUGAAGCAGCCGAGUUUUGGUCUCCUUUUAGGUCAAGAAACACUGCGCGUUGUCUGUUUACGUCGUGGUUCUUGUGUUUAUGUUAAACAUAAUAUAGAAAACACCAUGUUUGAUCUUCUAUGUGCAGAGAUGAAUCGAGCCCUACAUCUGUAGCCAUUAUUACUAAAGGAGUCUUAUAAAUUAGACUAUGAUAAAUAUUUGUUCUCUCUAUCUGUAAAUAUCUUCAAGUAAAAUAGUAAUUCCAUAUUCUAUAUUUGGUACACUGUAGUUAAUUAGUAACGUGAAUUUACAUGAGGGUCACUAACACUUUAGUGGCCUCAACUAGGACAGGAAGCUGGCGGCUUGACAAAUUAUCUCUGAUGAUCUUUAUCCAGUAAUUAUUUUGAUUUUCCUGUAAUAUAAUUUCCAGUAUGAUUUGGGUCUGGUGUAUUGUUUCAAAAUAUUUUAUUGUAUAAAUAUUUUUACUGUU